AUGCCGAAAGAACAGUGGCCUGCUACUUCACCGAAGUUCGGUCAAACCGAAGAGGAGAAGCGUACGCAUGUGCUCUUCCAUACUGCACAGCCGGCACUGUUUAGCUGGGAAGAUUUUUCAAAAUGGAAGGUUCUGCUACGCCGUGCUGCGUACGUGAUACGGUUUCCGUCAAAUCUGCGAAAGAAACUGAUGAAGAAGUCCAUAGUCACUAGUCCGCUAACGCAAGAAGAAUUGAAGGAAGCCGAGCUGUUCAUUAUCAAGCUAGUGCAGAAUACUGAAUUUGCCGUAGAGAUAGCGCUGCUAAAGAAACCGAACCCCGUGCCGUGGAAGAACGCGCUGCCGAAGAGUAGCUCGCUGUACAGUCUUAGCACGUACCUGGAUGAGAUGGGCCUGCUGCGUAUGAAGGGUCGCAUAGAUGCCUUCGUUCAACGUACAAUCGGGUUCGAAAAGGAUGUCAACAGUGCAAGAACCUUCAAGCAAGACCCGAUGCUCCGGAAAUGUCAGCCCUUCCGUCCACACGACUUUUGCCGCCCGUUUUCGUACAUCGGCAUCGACUAUUUUGGGCCAAUGAACGUAGUUGUAGGCCGUCGGACCGAGAAACGAUGGGGUGUCUUGAUCACCUGCCUCACUGUGCGAGCAAUACACCUCGAGGUUGCUCACAGUCUGACGACGGACUCGUGUAUCCUCGCUAUACGGAACUUUAUCGCCAGGAGAGGUGCUCCUCUUGAAAUAAUCAGUGAUCGUGGCACAAAUUUCGUUGGAGCCAGUCGAGAACUAAGGGAAGCGCUGAGCCAAAUAAACCAGGAUAAACGGAUGGAACACUUCGUCACUACUGACACUAAAUGGUCGUUCAAUCCGCCUGCUUCUCCGCACUUUGGCGGAGCUUGGGAGCGACUUGUCCAAUCCGUAGAGAAAGCCCUAAAACAAACCCAACUCACACGCACACCCACCGACGAGCUACUAAGAAAUAUGUUGGCUGAAGUCAAGAUGAUCGUCAACUCACGAUCGUUAAACGAACUGCCGUUAGACGAUGAGCUGUCUCAAGCGUUGACCCCGAACCAUUUUCUGCUCGAUUCGUCAGAUGGUACUAAGCCCCCGAUCGCGUUCGACGACAGCAGCCACGCCCUCAAGCAUACCUGGAAGUCUACGCUAACAGAUUCUGGCAAAGAUGGAUUCGUCCAGCGAUGCCCAUUGCGGAAGGAGACAUCGUUAUAG